AUGCUUACCUGUAUCACGCCAUCAUCAGCAAUCUUUCUUGACGCGUUAAUGCACAAUGUUCAGCAGACGCAAUAUUUAGAAUGUGCUAUUCUGCAAAAACCGAAAUAUAUAAAGAGAGUUGAAACCGAUGACUUAUAUCAAAUUCAAUUAUUCAAGGAUCUUGGAAAUUUCCGCUCUUACAAGUUGAGGGUAUCAGCAGACUCAAGGAAUCCCUUUGUCGUGAACUUAGUGGUCGAGUCGUUUGUUGACGGUUUUAAAAAAGUCUUUCAAUUCUUAAGCAAAGACAUUGACAUUGACCGAAUCAGCUGGCAGCAGUAUGAGAGGCACAGUGCCUUGAUUUUGAAUGUCCCAAAAAGACGCCAGAUCUUUGUUGAUUUAUUCAGUGUCAUGCCUUCUAACUUGACGUUCACAACAACGCCCAAGGCUGAUUCAAAAAAAAGUCUUAAAAAUACUGAUUUUGCUGGGAGAGAAGUCCCAGUUCAAGUAAAAAUGGAUAUACCGAACCAAAUCACACAAACUGCAAACAUCAAUAUUGAAAAGCUGAACAGAGCUCGCGAAUAUUAUCGCGACGAUACAUCGAACCAAUUCAGCACCCCUAAGCGCGAGAUUGCAAGCACUGAACAUGGGGCAUUUGAAGCAGUGAAGCAAGCUCAACUUAAACAAAAACGCAAAUGCGCCCAUGAAACACAUAAUGAAAGCAUCAGUCAUGCCGCCAAGAAGGAUGGAGAAAAAAUAUCUAAGCUGUCAAAGUUUGAAAAACAACAACAAUUGAACAAAGAAGAGGCUCAAAAGUAUUUAUACGCAUUGAUUGGAGGCGCUUUAAUCACAGGAAAACAUGGACUGAACCUUGGAGACAAUGAAACAAAGAAAGCUACUGGGAAUCUGAAUUUUGAGACAGAAGUCAGCUCUUGUAGCUGCCAAUCUAAUGAAUCUAAUGAGUAUUCUUUUGUGCCCGGUAGUUCUUCUGAACUAUCCGCAUCUGCUGAAAACUCAAUCUCGCAAGAUGAAGUUGAGAAUACUAAUCAAGAAACUGAGUCGAUAAACUCUGAGGAAUGUGAAAGAUUGGUAGAUGACGAUACCAAUUAUUUGAAAAGACAUCCUUCUAUGGAGGAAGUAGAGGACGAGGAAUUCGUCUUUUUACGCAAAAAAUUUAGUGAAUGA